AUUCAUGAAAACGGCCUCUAAUACCAAUAUGAAGAAGUGUUGUGAAAUAUGCUGUCAUAGAAAGUACUGCUUUCUGCAUCUACACCUGGCGACUGAAGACAGUCCGAAGCGCAGAGCGAAAAUGGCGGCGAGUCAGGGAGGCGGCGGAGGAGCCGUGAGCGCUCUGCAGAGCUACAACUUCCCGAACGUGGCUCACUGGAACCCGGGGCUGCUCGGGCAUCAUCAUCAUCAUCAUCAUCAGCAGCAUCAUCAUCAUCAGCAGCAUCAGCUGCAGCAGCACGGCCACACGGCCCGCAGCCUGGAGCGCGCCUUGGAGGACGCCGCGUGCUCGGGCACGCUCAACAUCAGCGGGAGGAAGCUGCGCGAUUACCCCGGCGCGAGCUUCGACCUCACAGACACCACGCAGGCAGAUCUCUCGAAGAACAGGUUCACGGAUAUCCCGCCCGAAGUCUGCCUCUUCGCGCCCCUGGAGUCCCUGAACCUGUACCACAACUGCAUCAAGUGUGUCCCGGAAGCCAUCGUCAACCUGCAGAUGUUGACCUACCUGAACGUCAGCCGAAAUCUUCUUUCCACACUGCCGAAAUACUUGUUUAGCCUACCGCUUAAAGUGCUGGUGGUGAGCAACAACAAACUGGUGUCCAUCCCUGAGGAAAUUGGGAAGUCUAAAGACCUCAUGGAAUUAGAUGUAAGCUGCAAUGAGAUCCAGGUGUUGCCCCCGCAGGUAGGAAAGCUUCGCGCCCUUCGGGAGCUCAACGUACGUAGAAACUGCUUACAGGUGCUGCCGGAAGAGCUGGCGGAGCUGCCGCUCAUCAAACUCGACUUCUCCUGCAACAAGAUCUCGGAGAUCCCACCCGCCUACAGGAAGCUGAGACACCUUCAGAUCAUAAUCCUGGAUAACAACCCCAUGCAGUCCCCGCCUGCCCAGGUUUGUCUCAAAGGGAAGGUGCACAUAUUCAAGUAUCUGAGCAUACAGGCGUGUCGGACUGACAAAAAGCCUGACUCACUGGACCUCCCUUCCCUGGGAAAGCGGAGCAUCCUCCCACAGCCAUUAACAGACAGUAUGGAGGAUUUUUACCCUAACAAGAACCAUGGACCUGACUCUGGCAUUGGGAGUGACAGCGGGGAUAAGAGGCUUUCAACAACGGAGCCCUCCGAUGACGAUACGGUCAGCCUCCACUCCCAGGUGUCUGAGACGGCCAGGGAUCCGGGUCGCGGCGACAUCCACUCGCUGCUUAACAAGAUGGACUCGCAUAAAGAUCAGGAACCCUAUGACUUUGACCCGAACCCAGAGGAGGAGGCGGUCCUGUUGGAGGGAGACGUGCAGCACAGCGCCCCCUACGUGUCCUGUAUAAAGGAGCUCGAGAAAGUGCUUAGCAAGUCGCACCACGGCAAAGACAAAGAAAACUGGAAAGAAGAAUCUGGCUCGGAGAAAGAACACCUGGCCGAAGAGGAGGAUGAACUGAAGGAGGUUAUUGACCUGAGAAAGAUCGCCGUCCAGCUGCUGCAGCAAGAGCAGCAGAACAGGAGGCGGUCGUUAAUUUGUAGAGCGGAGAGCCUUAUCCACCGGCGCAGGGCGGCAGGCCGAGCUCACAGGUUCCUCGGUCAUGCGGGGAGCGGUUCUAACAGUAAACAGAGAGCGGCUUGUCAAACCAUAAAGAGCCCUUCAUUAGAAGAUGGAAGCCCGACGGUUACGAGCCUCAGGGGACAGCGCCUUUCCGCGGACUGUGGUGACCCAACCCAAAAGCCCGAGCUGUCGGACGCAGAACCACGGUGGACAGACGUCCCUCCGGCGCCGAACCAAGGUGACGACCGGAGACGGAGCAAAUACCUGAGGAAAGACUACCUGAAGUACAAAUGCCAGAGUGCACGGAGAAACUCAUGCAGCAAGGACAGUGAGAGCGAGGAAGGAAUACGCUCUGCUGAGUUCAGUUCAAAUCUUUCAGUGUUUGGGUUGAAGCCGAGAUCAGCCUUUUCCCGAGGGACUCGACAGGAUUUCAGCAGCGAUCCCAGUUUCACUAUGCGAAGAAAGAUGGAACACUUAAGAGAGGAGAUGGAGCAGAUACAACUGCUGCGACAGAACCUGGAGUCCAGGCUGAAGGUGCUGCUACCAGAAGAUGUGGGUGCUGCCUUGAUGGAUGGCGUGGUUCUCUGUCACCUGGCUAAUCACAUUCGACCCCGGUCCGUGGCCAGCAUUCACGUGCCCUCUCCCGCUGUGCCCAAACUGAGCAUGGCCAAGUGUCGUAGGAAUGUAGAGAACUUCCUGGAUGCCUGUAAGAAGUUGGGGGUACCACAGGACAAGCUGUGUCUGCCACACCACAUCCUGGAGGAGCGAGGCCUGGUCAAGGUCAGCGUGACAGUCCAAGCCCUGCUGGACCUGCCAGCCCUGAAGCCAACCCAGCUCUCUUCUGUAUAGCACUGCCUCUGACCUCAUCCAACCUAACCCAGUGACUUUGCCCCCUGAUGGGAGGCUUAAACUGUUUGGAAUGGGUGAGGGAAGGAUCCAGAACCCACUUCCUUCAUGACAUCAGCUGGAACCACCCUUGUUUUCAGCUGUAUUGCCCCCAGUGGGAAAGGGUUCUGUAUAUGGUCUGUUUUCCAGCAGCAAAUUCUGAACAAGCACUAAUGGAGACUGUUUUAGCCUGGCAGGUAAGCACAUCACUGUAGCCAGGUGGGGUACUCUUAUAGCAUUUCUUGUUGGUAAACCCAGUAAGAAUGUUGUAUGAACAUGUAGAAAACCAUAGCUACUUAAAAGCAUUUUGUAACAACCUAACACUCAAACAUCACAGUGGAGAGCAAUUCAUGGUAAAGACGUCAGUGGCCAAUAUUCAUGCUUUUUUUUUUUUUUUUUCUGUUUUUUUGGAGGAGCAUUUCACACAUUUUUGUUUGAAGCAAUGACGUCAUCAUUGUGCCCAUGAAUGAGAGAAUGUGGAUUUUAGUAGUGCGACGGUGUCUGCGGGUUUGCGUCAGCGAGAUACUGACACGGUUCGGCUGCGUCAUGACGUCACCAACACAGGUCAUGCGCGUAUUUCUAGUGACUGUUCCUACUGUUUAAAUAAAUAUAAGACAUGAAAUGAACCUGUGAAUAUGCCUGGUGUAGAACAACGCGUGAUAGACGUUACAGGCAAAAAGCGCCCUACUUCAGAAUUUGGUCAGAAAACAUUUAGCAAAUCAAAAAUUAUAUUGUAGACCUUCGGGCUCUAGAAUUUUGACUCAGCGGAAAUUCGCAAUAUGCAGCAUUAAAGAUAGAUAAUUGACUUAGUUUGUUCGAAUUAAUGAAUUUGGUUUGUUACCCAAAAAUAUAUACGAGCUUCCUGCUGUUGGAGCAGCAGAUUAAUAUUUGGGAGGAUAUCUAAACUCAGAUCUAAACUCUGCUUAUCUGAGUCAAGUUACCAAGCCCUUCAUGUUUGGUACGCCCAGCCUCACCAAAAAUGGGAGAAUUUCGAAAUGCCAGAAUUUCCACUGAACUGUUGAAACAUAUCUGAAUGCACACAGCCCUAGUCACUGCUUUCCCGCUCAGGAGUUUUAGUAUUCGUAACGUGAGCUCAUUACUCAGUUAAGUAUCGUAAAAUUCCACCACACUGGUACGUGAAAGCAUUUUAAGUUUCAUCCUAAAGUCAUUGUAAAAGUUCUCGUGAUAUUUUUAUUUUAAAUUAUUGUAGUUUUUUUUUUUCCGUAUUUGUAUUUCACUAAUUUAAUAACGGCUGACUGACGUGUCAGAUCCUAAGGCUAAAUCCACUGUCGUACGCGUCGUACAGUAAGUUUUAUUUAUACCAAGAAAGCCUAUUUAUGUAUUGUAUGUAUGUAUGUAUGUAUAGUUUUAUUUAACGUCUUAGUAUUUAUGUUGUCGGGGAAGUUGCAGUAUUGUUCAGUUCCACCUUGAACCCUGCUUUGCCUUUGUGCUCUUGAGCCUUGUGUCGCUGCCUGUCCCGCGAAGGAGCUCUCGUGGUCGCGUGAGCGUCUGCGGCCGAGC